AUGGAGAUGCCGGGAGUCCCUGGGGAUCCGGAGGCUGCCAGGGGCCCGGGCGCAGUGCCCAGGAGCAGCCAGAGCACUGGGCAGCCGGACCUGAGGCUUCUCCUCCUGGGAAAACACGGCGCGGGGAAGAGUGCCACGGGGAACAGCAUCCUGGGCCGGGAGGCGUUUGCGUCCAGAUUCAGGGCGCAGGCGGUCACCAGAGAGUGCCAGAGCGCGCACGGGGCUGUGCAGGACUUAGAGCUCGUGGUCAUAGACACCCCCGACCUGUUCUCCUCGAGCGUCAGUGCCGAGGCCCAGCGUGGCCACCUUCAGCGCUGCGCGGAGCUCUCAGCUCCCGGCCCCCAUGCGCUGCUUCUGGUCAUCCCCAUCAGCAAGUUCAUGACAGAGGACGCGGAAACCUUCCAUCGCGCCAAGUCCAGGUUUGGACGGGAGACCGGGAAGCAUAGCAUCGUGGUCUUCACCAGGAAGGAUGAGUUGGGGGAGGACUCCCUGCAUGAGCUCGUGGAGAGCGACAAGGCCCUAAAGGCGCUGGUGCAGGACUGCGGGGGCCGGUACUGCGCUAUCGACAACAAGGCCUCGGGGACGGAGAGGGACGCGCAGGUGUCCGAGCUCCUCUGCAAGGUAAAGGGUCUGGUGGACCAGAACGGAGAACAGCCCUAUUGCCUGGACCUCGGAAACGAGCACAGUGAAUUUCAGGAUAUUAUGAAUGAAAGACAUGACAAUUCACGUGGGUCCGAGGAGAUGCAGCUCCAGUCGACCAGCAGUGAACUAGCUCUCAAGACUGAGGACUCAGUACUGAGGGUCCUGCUGGUGGGCAAGCACGGCGUGGGAAAAAGCACAGUCGGAAAUCGCCUUCUGGGGGAGCAGGUCUUUGACACCGGAUUCAGUGAAAAGCCCAUAACCACAACAUUUCAGUCUUGGAGUAGAGUCUGGAAUAUGAGGACGGUUUUGAUCAUCGAUACUCCAGACAUCUCAUCUCCAGAUAUCUUCCAGCAGGAGUUUCAGAGAUCCACAUUUGGGGAACCCCAUGUCUUCCUGAUGGUGAUUCCCAAGGACUCAUUCUCUAAGAAAGAUGAAGAUCUGCUGGAAAUCAUUCGAAGAAGUUUUGGAAACAAAGUCUUUCAGCACAUGUUCAUUCUCCUCACCAGGGAAGAAGAUAGAUGCCAGCGUUCAAAAAUAUUAAAAUAUAGAGAUGAUUCUCUCAAUAGCCUCCUCGGGGAGUGUAAAAAUAAAAAAUUCUCCAACUACAAAGCAGUGGGGGAGGAGGAACAGCAGCAGAUGGAUCAGCUCCUGCAAGAACUCGUGAGCCUGACGCAGCAGAAUGCGAAUAAGCCAUGUGCCAUGCUCAGUGCUUGGUCGGUUACCAAGACCUGCCAGAGCAGCAAGGAGAAGUGGGGGGAACAGGAAGUGGUGGUUGUGGACACACCCUCCCUCCUCCUGAUACCCAGCGACUCCGAGGGUCCAUCCCAGCUAGAAGAGGAGGUCCAACGCUGUUUACACUGCUGUGAAGGGAACAAGAUUCUCUUUGUCCUGGUGUUCCAGCUGGGAAGGUUCACUCAAAUGGAUGAAAAUGUUUUGGUGCAGUUAGAGACCGUCUUUGGAAAGGAAGUUAAGGAAUACACAAUUGUGCUGUUCACCCGGAAGGAAGAUCUAGGGGGUGACAGCAUCGAAGAUUACAUUAAGAGUGUAGAUUGCAAAGCUCUUAGGAAGACUGUUGAAGAGUGUGGAGGGCGAGUUUGGGCCUUUAAUAACAGAGAGUCAGGUGAAUCUGGGGAAGCCCAGGUGACAGCUCUGCUGACAAUGGCCAAUGAACUGAUAAAGAGCCAUAACGGGCGUGGAUAUCCUUUUAUUUUGGAUGAGAUCAGCCAGAGAAUUAAAGACAUGAGAAGUGUUCAGGAAAAGUCCAAAAACAAAUUUCAGAAACAAGAUUCAAGAAAUAGUUCCAGAGAGAUACAUACAUUAGGUGAAGAAGAGUUAGCUCAUAAGAAACUCAAGAGCUGUGGUCAGGGGCAGUUUGGCCCUGGGCUCCCAGCUCUGUCCUGUCUCCAUGCUGAAGAAGACUGCGUGGAGUGCUCCUCCAGGUGGGGUGUGGAAGAGGGAAUCUUGGAAUCUUCUCCCAAGGAUGAGUGUCGGGUGUUCUCUGUGUCAAAACUUUACACGUGGUUUGAGGACAGGAUCUACCUCAUCUGCUUCUUUCUGGGAGAAUCUACCAAGUUCCCUUCAAGAUUAAACCAGUUGUAA